CGUACGUAUGGUAAGUUAUAUUACUGAACGAGCCUGCAUUCUCGGAGAAGUAACCGCCUCCCCGACUCGGGUUACAUCAACCCCAACUCGAUUCUGCAGCCUACAUGCACACUACGCUUUCCCUCGGUUGCCCAUCGCUUUCACAGCUGUUUGUCCAUGCAGCCUCACUUUUACCUCCUCACUGCCAUACGGCGCAACAGCCACAACACACAGCCCAUCAAUGGCGCGCGCUCUCGUCCAACCAUGCAUGCAUGCGCUGGCGAUGCAACGCGGUCGUAUCGCCGGUAAUACUCCGUGGGAGGGCAGUUGUUGCGCCGUCCCAGAUCGUUCCAAUGCCAGAGGAAGAAGUGCUGGGAUCUUAUAAGGGAACAGGAAGAGGGAGCAAUGCGGCUGAGACAAAACACGAAGAUAAGCUCCGAGAAUCCACUUCACCAUUCGAUCGGAUAAUGAGACGCUGGCCCACUUAUUGGGGCGAAUCAGCCAAUCGGAACAAAGUACAGGCGGUUUGUUGCAAUUUUCCAGAUGACCCGGUGCUCAUUUCAGCAACGUCUGGAUCUGAUCUAACGAUCGACUUCAAUCAAACCCGGUUCUGCGCUUGGUUGAGCGAGGAUAAGAUUGAGGCGUGUCCGCUUCCCGAUCACCGAAUCCGUACGUUGGCAGCAGAUUGUGAGUGUAGAGGAAUCGAAUCCGAUGCGGACGCGCGAUGGAUGUUUCGUCUAUACCGAUAUCUGACCCAGAUGCCAAAUGCGAUCGCUAUGCGUUGCCCAGAUUCGCGAUCCGAUAGGUGGCCCGGGUGCAUGGGUAUGAUGUCAUAUCUGGGGCAUUCUAACUUGAUACGGCUAGUCAACAGGGGAAGACACAACAUUGGAUGGAAGUCCAGACCACACUUGUCAGCCCCCGGGUUCUGCGAUGUCCAACUUUUCACGCAUCUUCAGCCAAUGCCACUUCGGCGACCUUUGCCGACGACAGACCCUUAUUGUUAACUACCAUGUGAAGUUAUGGCAUCGUGACACGGCCUACAAUUUCCCCCUCACUGUAGCGGUUCUCAAUCUUGGCCCUGCCGCAACGCCAGCCCCACAC